UUAGCGUAAUUAAAUAUUACAAUACAUGUACAGUACCUCUCUAUUGCAGUAAAUAAAGCCCACAUGUCGUGUGUCAAAGUUUGGGUUGCAAUAUUCUAUCGAAAUGGAUGAAGAGAGUUCUCUUGUCUCAACUGAAUUCAGUGAAGGUAGUACACAUACGGACGUCGACGCUUCCAGUUCUAGUGGCAGCGACGAGAGUAGGCCGCUACUAUUACGGCAAUACAUUACUGCAGCGCUACUUGUGAUAGUCACUUCUGUCAGCUACAUCUGCAUCUACUUGCCGAUUUCGUUCUACCCACAAGUGGCUGCGCGAAUGAAGGGUUCGAAGGCAGACACGGAAGUCGGUCUGAUGGUCGGAAGCUUUCAACUGUCUGCAUUCGUUGCUUCGAUUUUUGUAGGAAUGCACGUGAACAAGCUCGGGGUCAGGUUUCUUGUGAUAUCCGGGACUUUUAUUCUUGGUGGCACCACUCUCCUCUUUGGCUUUGUUGACAGUGUGGAUACAUGGGCGCCAUUUAUUUCGCUCAGUAUAUUGAUCAGAUUUAUCAUGGGAUUUGGAGAAGCUGCAUUCAAUGCAGCUGCAUUUACUCUGGUUCUAAGCAUGUUUCCUUCGCAUACUGCUACUGCAUGGGCUGUGUUGGAACUCCCCGAGGCUCUGGGCUUUAUGGCUGGUGAACCAAUUGGCGGAUUUUUGUAUGACAGCCACGGUUUUCUUUUCCCUUUUGUAAUCUUUGGUGGUGUGCUGCUUAUAUUCAUUCCAGUAUUACUUUUCUUUCUGUCAAGCAUUCAGUCGCUUAUUGAAGAAGAUGAUUCUGACAAUGAUCAAGCAACAAUGUGGUCACUGAUAAAAACAAUGCCAAUGCCAGUUGUGUUCGUUUGUUUGAAUGUGUUUUGCUCUUAUGCACCAUUGUACUUCAUUGAUACGACCUUUGCUGUGUAUCUCAGUGACACAUUUGGCUGGAGUGCAACUAAGAUUGGAUUAGUGACGCUCAUCUUAGCUGGAUCAUACAUAAUAUCAUCAAUUCUUAUGGGUCGAUUGGUAGAUGCCACUAAACCACGAGUCAUAAUGAUCAUAGGUCUGUUGUUGGAGGGAUGUUCAUUGAUGCUGAUUGGUCCAUCAUUUGUGUUUCAAUUUUUACCGAGACCUUGGUUGGUGUAUCUGGCAAUGGUAAUGUGUGGCUUAGCAUUGGCUAUGGUUGAUGUAUCUGCAUCUCCGGACAUAAUUAAUAGUGCUGUUUCAAUGGGAUACAAACAAGACAUGUCGUUGAAUGGAGUUGUAUCGGGUCUUAUACUAGCAGCGGUUUUCUUGUCUGGAGCAUUGACUGCACCAUUAGCAGGGUGGCUGACUGCUACAUUUGGCUUUCGUCAUGCUUCAUCUUUUUUUGCUUUUAUCAACUUUCUGCUUGUCAUUGUAACUGCCGUGAUCAGUAUUGUUGAAGUAGCUCUGUCUAGAAGACAUUGUACUGUCAGCAGUGAUUCCGAAUGUUGA